AUGUUUGUGUGUGAGAACCCUUUACUUUGAUAGUAACAAAUUUUGUCUAUUUUUAGAGCAAGUUACUUUCCAGAACUUAUAUAAAUCAAUUUUAUGGAUAACUAACGUAAUUUUUUACAACAAAUGAAUUUUUAAUUUGCUAAAAUUGACAACCAUUUUGUAAUUUAAAUUUAGCGCCAAAUUUUCAAUUCAAAAGCAUUUAAUUGGUAAAUGAAAUGCACUUUCGGUUAUUUUUCAAACUUAAAAAAAAAACAAAUCUUGAGUAAAUCUAGCCUCCAAUGUUAUUGCUGUUUCUUUUUUCGUUGUAAACGAUAAUGAAUCCUCUGGACUUUUUAGAAGAUAAUUACCCCAUGCUGUGGGAUGUGACUCACCCUAAAUCUAAGAAUCGUAGAUCACGUCAAAAAGCCAAAGAAGAUUUCAUCCAAGCCUACUCUAUGAGAUAUGGUAUCUCUUACAGUUUCAAAGAUGUGCGCAAAUUUAUACGUUCUGUUCAACAGCGACGACGCCGCAGCUUGAAACAAAUGAAACAACUUCCAAAAGUUGUGUCUGCCACCGAAGAAAACGCAACCUGUAAUACACUUCGGACCACGGAGAUUGAAGUUUUCCUUCCGAGUAUUGAUGAGUUUAACCGAGGACUCACAACUGAACCCGAAACGAUGCCGGCCUGCAUUCCUAUGACAAUUAUUCCGGAUCAAGUUUGUCAAGAACUAAAUCAAGAAUUAUUUAUAGAUCCAUCUCAAGAGCUUUCAGAGCAAUUAGUUACAGCAACCGAGCCGCAAGGUGAAGAUAGUAUAAAUAUAGAUGAUUUUCUUGAGAUAGAGUUGGGCAUACUUGGCACUGAUAGCAACACCAACUGGCCAAUACAAGAUCUUUCAACCUUUCAACAGAUGUAAUUACAUUUCAUCUCUUCACCAAUCAAAUAGAAGAUUUGCUAAUUUCCAAUCAAAUUAAUCACAUGAAAACGAACAUUAUAAUCAACUUUAUUUUCGUUUAAUUGAUCACGAUGUUAUAAUCAAAUCACAGGAAAGAGAAGAAUCCUAUUAUAUUUAGUUGACGUUCUAUAAUUUUACAAGCAUGAUGAAAGCGAUGUCAACUAUACUUGAUGUCUUUCUUCAGAUACUCUUCUUGCCUAUAUUUUUCAUCUAGCUCUGAAUCAUCAAGUACUACUAUUUUGCAUGUUCUGAAAAUCAAGUGUAUGAUGCCGGUGUUUUUCCUGACUUCAAGAAGCUGCAUUCAUGAAAGAUGUAUUCCACUCGGAGUGCGAUAACAAAUUUGUCGCUUUCAAUCAGGUAUCAAGAAAACAAGGAGAUAUUAAUUUUAAGUAAUGAAAAAUGAUAUAUGGAAAUAUUAUAUAUGUUUUUAUUAUGUUUAUGAAUAAUAAAUGUUUCUUAUUGUUUUAAUUUUAUUUAAGAGUUCAAAAUAUAGUGUACACACUCCGCCUCACAGCAACAAAAUGUAGCCUUGUAACGGCUACUUUCUAUUAUUUAUUUGUAAACCUUGGUAUCCAAGAUGUGUUCUAAAGAGCACAUCUUAAAUCCCUCGGUCACGGAACCAAAAUGUAACUAAACCGCCGCUCACCUUACUUAUUUACUUACUUGACUAACCAACAGUAUGGAUAACCUCCCUUUAAGUAUACCCCGUAAAUUUGGCCUUCAUCAUCGUCUAGUGCGAGUAUGUAGAACCCUUCAAUGUGAACCGCGAUAACCCAGAUCCUUUAAUGAGUAACGACUAUAUUUUGAACUCUAGUUAUUUUUUAGUUUGUAAAUAUAAAUAACCUGUUAUUAGAGCAUAAUAUAAAUUAAAACGUUACAGAAAUAGGAAGUUAUAAUAAGAAUAAUGAUGUAAUGUAAAUAUUUUGAUUUUUGAACUAGUUUAUUGCAGCACUUAGAAAAUGAAUAUUUAAAAUAUUUUUGUAAUCAUCCGCUACGCCUUAUUAGUGGUCCCGGCUUGGGCAAGGGCUUGCGAUGCGGUAUGGGACCCCUGACCUGA